AAACAAAGAAAAACAGUAGAAAAGUGUGUUGUCGUUUAGUUCUUAAAAAAUAUUAGCCCGUGUAAAGAUGUAUGCCCUUAGCUCCCAGAAAAAGUACUGGACGUUUAAAACGGAACAGGAGCUUGCCGAAUUACGCCUAGCUCAAAACAUUCGUUUCAUCGCUAAACAUGGCGCAGGCAUGACUGAAGAGCAAAAGUUGGCGCAUUUCCUUUCCGCGGACGAGGAGCGGCAGCUGCUGAAGCAGUACGAAUCGCACAUGAAAGAAUUCUGUAAGAAGUUCGAACCACCAAUGCCGAAGUAUGUAGUGGGUACUGCGUUUCACUACUUCAAACGUUUCUACUUGAACAACUCGGCCAUGGAUUACCAUCCAAAAGAAAUUUUAGCAACGUGCAUUUAUCUCGCUUGUAAGGUGGAGGAGUUUAACGUUUCCAUUGCACAAUUUGUGGCCAACACCAAGGGCGAUCGUGUCAAAGCGAUGGAUAUUAUUCUUUCCAAUGAACUGUUGUUGAUGCAGGAACUGAACUAUUAUCUUACAAUACACAAUCCGAUGAGGCCGAUCGAAGGAUUUCUAAUCGACAUUAAGACUCGCUGCAAUAUGAAAAAUCCGGAUCGGCUACGCCCAUGGAUUGAAGAUUUCAUCGAUAAGACCUUUCUGACGGAUGUUCCGCUAAUGUACGCCCCAGCGCAAAUAGCCCUUGCGGCAGUGCUUCAUGCUGCAAGCAAGGAGCAGGAAAACCUAGACAGCUACGUCACGGAAUCGUUGUUUGGUUCGGCCAAGGAUAAACUGCCAGUUUUGAUAGAAGCUGUACGAAGAGUGCGAUCUUUGGUGAACAAUACUAAACUGCCAACGAAGGAACUUUUCCGGUUCUUAGAUAAAAAGCUAGAAAAGUGCCGCAAUCAGGAAAAUAAUCCCGACAGUCAGAUCUAUAAACAACGAAUGAAGAAAAUGUAUGAAGAUGAAGAUGAUCUGGAUGCGAUGGGUUCGUCGUUCCACAUGAACGUCUCAGAUGCUAGUUUAGAAGUGUCACAGCUAAACACUACUAAUCCUGCAAAUAUGACGUUGGAUUAAAGCAAACAGUUUUUCGGAUAUUAAAAGGAUGCAACGAGUGCUGUAUUCCUUACAAACGGUAAUAAAUAACAUUUUUUAUUAUAUCACUGUA